AUGUUAAAACUUAUUGAAUAAACUGAAAAAUAAAUUCCAGAACUAGAGAUUUUAUUACAUAAAUAAGAUAACUUAAUUCGAUAAUUUUAUACAUUUUUGGAUAACCUAAAUUUUUAUUAUGAAUACCAGAUCUAAGAGCUUCAAAAAUCCUUUGAUGAAUUACUAUUAAGUUUUAAGACAAUUCUAAUGUUACAAUAUGAAAUAGAGUCCUUUUCUCUACCUGAUAAAUUAACAGAAAUUAAAUAACAAUAGCUUUCAUUAUAAUUUUUACACAAAUAAGGAUUGAACAUUUUAAAACUUAAAUUACAAUUAAUAACUUUUAGGCAAUGUUUUUUAUAUAUAUGA